CCUCGAGUUGCACAUGGGCGACUUCCACUGCGCGGGGCGCAAGGGCGAGGCGGGCAGCUUCGAGGACCUGAAGCGCAUCAGGAUCAAGCCCAACGAGGGCAUCUUCCUCAAGGCGCACGAGAAGCACAGCAGCAACACCAUCGCCGAGCUGUGGUCGAGGGGUGCUAACCCAGUCAGGACUCCCAACUUGGGGCCAGAGGAGACCGUCGAGCACUCCCCGCCGCUGGUCGACAAGCAGGUUGCGAGGUAUCAGUCGUGCGUGGGGAGUGGUCUCUACCUGGCUCAGGACCGCGCCGACAUCCAGAGGGCCGUGGGCACGUUAUCUGCUGAUCUGGCAGCGCCGACGGAGCGCUCCUGGAAGAAGCUGCUGCGACUCGGGACGUUCUCGGACAGCGACCACGGAGGCAAUGAGGCGAAGCGCAAGAGUACCACGCGUGGCGCGCUGCACGCGGGCGGCGUUAUUCUGGCGACACUUGUGAGGACGCAGGACCUGAUUGCAGCGAGUUCGGAUGAGAGCGAGGUCUACGCGCUGAGUACCGUGGCGAUGGAUGGCAAGAUGCUGAGGGACCUGCUCACCUGGCUCGGGUCCCAUACCGAGUGGACUUUGGAAACGGACCCUUCGGCAGCGCGCUCAAUGUCCCUGAGGCAGGGCGUCGGAAAGGUGCGUCGCUUGGACACGAGGGCCCUGUGGUUCCAGCAAGCGGCUCGCUUGCUCAAUUUGGAGGUGGUGGAGAACCCCGCGGACAUCGGAACGAAGUCACAUACGGCUGAGGUGCACGAGCAGAUCUGCAAGCAGGUUCGGCUGCGGCGCCCUGGCGGAGACUUCGGUGCAGUUCGCGAGGUCGAGGUGAAUGCGGUGAUCGAGAUGGUGGCGCGCACGGCUCGUGGCGCGCAGUUUGGCGGAAAGGUCUCAAGCAGCCCGACACUCAACACGGAGAUCUUGGCACUGUGCCUAGCGAUCCAGGCUCAGCAGGGUGAAGCAGUUGACAAUAUCGGCAGUGAGGACGACUACGGCUACAUGAUUGUGCCCAUGUUGGUCUUCCUCAGUUGGCUUGUCGCGUUCGUGAUGGGCUGUGCG